AUGGAGUGGGCUGCUCCUAAGGCAAAAUUUCAGUCAAAUUCCCCCUUCCAGAAAAGGGAUAAAGGGAAAAGACCUCAGCAUAGACCUCCUUUGAGACCUCAGCACAAGGAGUGCAAACAUCACAAUCCCCAUGUCACUAGUUUGGAUCCUGAAACCCUAAAUGAACUCAGAAGAAAAGGGUUGUGUUUCCGAUGUAGGGAAAAAUGUUCUCAAGAUCAUGUUUGCCCUAAGGGAGUUAAAUUCAAUCAGAUUGAGUACUAUUCUGCUGGUGAAAGUAGUUCUGAUUUUUCCGACCAGCAAUUUGAUUUUGAAGAAAGUGAGGUAGAAAGAGCUCCAGAAGAGUCCGGAGAUGAGAAGGAAAGUGGUGGAGUUUUGGCUCAGCUUUCGAGCUUCCAAAGAAAUGAAUCAUUCAAGGUUCGAGGGAUGAUCAAAGGGCAACGAAUCAUUGCCUUGAUCGACACUGGAGCAACACACAACUUCAUUGAUGAAGUUGUGGUAGCAAAGAAGGGGCUGCAAACAGAGGAGUUUGAGGGCUUCAAGGUCAUGGUUGUCGAUGGAUUCCAUAUUUCAUGUACUAAGAAAAUCUCGGACCUGACCAUGCAAUUGGGGAAUUACGAAGUGAAGGAGGACUUCUAUGUAGUCCACAUUGGAGAUACUGAUACUGUCCUAGGCAUUCAAUGGUUGUGUUCUCUUGGGGAGAUCUCCUUGAAUUUGUAG